AUGGAAGGUGUAAAGUUAGAUAUUGUAAUUUCAGAAGCUAAAUUUAAUAAACAAUCGGACGCACUUAAAAAAAUACACAACGAGAUGGCCAAUCUUAUUUCUAAGGCCGCUGAUUUGGGCGAUAUUCCCACAGAGUAUCUUCAAAAUGACAAAAUUCAGCGUUUAGAAGCAGACAUUGAUAUAUUAGUCAGAGGACGAAAUUCCGAGGUAAAUGAAUCAAAUAAUAUUAUUGACACUCUUCACAAAAAAAGUGAACUAAUUGAAGCGUCAAAUGUGGCCCUUAAACAAGAAAUUGUCGGCUUAAAAAUGCUAAAGUCAUCAAACCAUUGUAAUGACAUGGGUAAUUGGAACAGCGAACAAUGCGAUCACCAAAGUCUAGAUCUCAUUAAUCAGGGGACCAAACAAAAACAAAUGCAAAAAUAUGGUAAUCGUACUCAAAGUUUGGUUAAUAAUCUUGAAGGUUGCCUAAAUGAUAAGGCAACCAUGCAUGAAGUCUCUAUUAUGGUGAAUAGUAAAGAAUGCACAAAAGAAGUCAACCAUGUAAUUGAGCAGCGACAUUUUCCAUACAUGUCAUCGGACACAAUGCAUAGUGAGGAUUUUGGGAGGAAUCUAACCCCUGAGUAG